AAAAGGAGAGCAAAAGCAGCCGGGAGCGGGCGGGCCGACCUGGUUCUCCUCCCUUCCCACGGCUGCCUUAGUACAGAAUCUUAUAAGUCCUCCUCCUUCAGAGGCUACAAAUGGUGUUCCGAGGCCAGGGGAAUUUAAAGCUCGAUUUCACCCGCGCAGCCUCCAAUCCGGUAAAGAGGGGCCGCGGAGCCCAACCGAGUCUUCCUAUCCCUUACUCUGCGGCUUUACCUGAUCUAUUUUUGUGGAUGCCGGCACCAGCUACGGGCGCCCGGAGAAAGCACGAGGUCGGGUGGACUCUGGUAACCCAAGCGGCAAGGAGGCCGCCAUUUUCCACUCCGCAGCCGCUAGGGAUCGUGGGAGUCACCCCUAACAGCGCCCGGGCCUGGGGUGUUCCGAUAAUCAGCCAUGUCAUCCCUGUACCCAUCUCUAGAGGACCUAAAAGUGGACCAAGCCAUUCAGGCCCAGGCCAGAGCCUCACCCAAGAUGCCAGACCUGCCAGUCCAGGCAGCAGCCAUUUCCCCACCACCAGUUUUGUACCCAAACUUGGCAGAACUGGAAAAUUAUAUGGGUCUUUCCCUGUCCAGCCAAGAAGUCCAGCAGAGCCUGCUUCAGAUUCCGGAGGGUGACAGUACAGCGGUCUCGGGCCCCGGGCCUGGCCAGAUGGUGGCACCGGUAUCCGGGUACAGCCUGGGCGUGCGGCGAGCUGAGAUCAAGCCCGGGGUGCGCGAGAUCCACCUGUGCAAGGACGAGCGCGGCAAGACCGGGCUGAGGCUGCGGAAGGUCGACCAGGGGCUCUUUGUGCAGUUGGUCCAGGCCAACACCCCUGCAUCCCUUGUGGGGCUGCGCUUUGGGGACCAGAUCCUGCAGAUUGACGGGCGUGACUGUGCUGGUUGGAGCUCGCACAAAGCCCAUCAGGUGGUGAAGAAGGCAUCAGGCGAUAAGAUUGUCAUGGUGGUUCGGGACAGGCCGUUCCAGCGGACUGUCACCAUGCACAAGGACAGCAUGGGCCACGUCGGCUUCGUGAUCAAGAAGGGGAAGAUUGUCUCUCUGGUCAAAGGGAGUUCUGCGGCCCGCAACGGGCUCCUCACCAACCACUACGUGUGUGAGGUGGACGGGCAGAAUGUUAUCGGGCUGAAGGACAAAAAGAUCAUGGAGAUUCUGGCCACAGCUGGGAACGUUGUCACCCUGACCAUCAUCCCCAGUGUGAUCUACGAGCACAUGGUCAAAAAGUUGUCUCCACUCCUGCUCCACCACACCAUGGACCACUCCAUCCCAGAUGCCUGAAGCCACUGGAGGGCAGGGCAGGCAGGGCGGGCUUCCUGCCCUCCUGCAGCAAAGGGCAACCACCCUCGGAUGAUGGGUUGCAGCCGGCUUGCUGCUUGCUUAAGGUGGGGGCUGCCGUGAGGGGGGCGUGUCCAGGAGGGUGACCAUGGGAUGGCGUGGGUCCGUCACUUAUACACACAGGCCUCCUUGGAGCCUCAGACUCCAAGCUGGGCUGAGGCUCAGGCAGGGCCCACAGGCAGCCGAUUCUCUUGUGCUGAUUUAAAUGCUGGACACGGAGGCAGGCUGUUUAAACACUGCUUAAAGUUGCAACUGGACCCCUUUCAAGAAAUUUUGCACUACCAGGAAAACAGUUACACAUUUUAAGAGAACAGAGCUAUGUUCUUUGUGAGAGCUUUUUCCUUGCCUUGCCUUGAUCUUUGUCACAGACUGCAUAAGUUGUCAGCCUUGACUAUCUUUUGAAUAAAGAUUUGAUUUUAAACAAAA